AUGAAAUCUUGGAAUUUUUUCAAUUUAAUUUCCGCUUUGAGUGGUUAUUAUCAAUUUGUCAUUGAAGGUGUAGGAGGUAGUUCUUCUGCUGGUGGUGGUAGUAAUCAUCAAACUCAAACUCCACAUUCAUCACCAUCAUCGUCUAUUUUAGAUAAUAACGGUAAUAACAGUAGUGCUGGUGGGCAUCAUCAAACAUCGACCUUUUUGACCUAUCAACAACAAAAACAACAGCAACAGCGACGACAACUACAGCAACAACAUUCUGGUAGUAAGUAUAUAACACCAACGCAUCAUCAUCAUAAACAACGGUCAUCAUAUCAGCAAAAAAGUGGAAAAGAAGAUCAAGAUCAAGAUAAACAACUACAAGAAGAUGAUGAUGAAGAAUUGUUACUAUCCGGAAGUAGUGAUAAUAGUACAAGUCAUCCAUUGAUACCAAUACAAAAAAGACGACGACGUUAUCAACAACAACAACAACAACAGCGAACAGCAACAAAGACUGUUAAUGAACCGCACCGACAGAAUCGACGGCAAACAUCGCAAACUGAAGAUGAAUCUAAUGAUUAUGACUAUGACGAUGAUGAUUAUUAUGAUGAUGGUUUAUUAACAACAAGUCAAGAACAAUAUUCAGCAACCAAUUUGGAUAGUAGUUUUCAACUUGGUGGUGAUUAUUAUAAUUUAAAUGAUCAAGAGCAACAGAAUUUAUAUUUGAAUCAAGAAUCUUCAUCACAUCGAACCAACUAUCAUACGAUACAUAAUCCAGGUUUAAUCUAUGGAAGUCGGUCAACAUUAUUGAAUGCUGAUUCUGAUUUACGAUCAGCCAGUAUUGGCUAUGUCGAAACAAAUCUAUUGCCAUUUGUAUCGAAUCUAAAUCGUUUACGUGAACAAUUUAUUCGUGAACACAAUCAACAACAACAGCAACGAUCCACACAACCAACAAAUCAAACUUGUGAUCAUCAUCAGCAAACAUUGUUGAUUCGACGGUCAUCACCACCACAAAUUCAUCAUAAACCUAGGCAAUCAUUGGUUAAUAACUGUUCCUGUGUCAAUCAUUCAGAUGAAAAUAUAAACGAUCGAUAUCAACAACAACAACAACAGCAAUCAUCAUCAUCGAUACCACGUUGGACAUCAUCAUCAUCAUCAUCAUCCCAUAAUACCAUCGAUUAUAAAAUCCGAUUAUUGUGA